AUGGUUGAUUUAUUGAUUGAUAGGGUUCGAGCGUGUGUGGACUUUGAUUUUGGCUUAGAAGCCCGAAAAAACCUUGAAAAUUUCGCCAGAAGAGUACACAGACGGUUCAUCACCGCCUUCAAGUCGAAUUUCUCAGUUAUACGAGAGCUUUGUAUCGCUCUGCUAUCUUCGGAUCCUAUCCCGCGUCCAGGCAGCACCCAGAUUAAGCUUGACGUAAACGCAGAGCCUCCCAUUUCUGGCUUUUAUCAAAGUGGUUGUGCCUUGCUAGAACACUCGAAAAUUUCUUCACUUGAUUACACUUAUCAAAUAGUUCACCCCUCAGUUUCGGCUUCACUUCCAGCUGAAAAACCGUGCCACUGGACCGAAGUCGUUAAACGUCGUACAUUUUGCGUCCUCACGUUUUAUCGGAUUAUUGUCAUGGCACCAGUACCUUCGCUGGAUAUCUAUAACAGUUACAACUGCGACGAAGUUCAUCACUCUGCGAGUCUAGUUAAGCAGUGCGAUUUAAAAAGUAUCUACGGUGAUGGCUGUUCUGAUGCGAUUCGAAAAUUAGUAAUAACUAAAGUCGCUAAGGGUAACUGUGAUCCAUUUUUUGUAAUGAAUGUGGAACUUGUCGAUGAUAUCCUGGAAAACUGGUUCAAAAAAAUGCCGGAUGUUAAGCCAUACUAUGCGUUGCGGUGCAAUCCAGACAAUAUCCUACUAAAACUACUCACUCGAAACACCGAUAUGGGUUUAUGUUGCAGCAAUCGAUAUGAAGUUGAAAUGGCAAUGAAAAUUGUCAAUGUGGAUCGAAUCAUUUAUGGAAAUCCGUUGUGGACACGUGGCAGUAUUCGUCAUGCUAAGGAAUGUGGCAUUCAGACAGUUAUUAUUGAAACAGAAGAUGAUUUAAAACGUUUUACAACUUAUUAUCCUGAAGUAAGUAUAAUUUUACGCGUAACAAUGGAUCGCAAACUGGUUAGUGAUCCUUUUACGGAAGACAACUUUGAUGUCGAGAAAGCUGUCAGUUUGCUCCGCACGAUAAAGGAUUCAUCAGUGAAAAUAAAAGGCGUUAGCCUUUCUGUACGUUCAAUCUGUACAACACCAACGAUGUAUUUAUAUGCAAUUGCACAGUGUCGGCGAUUGUUUGAUACUGGACUCGAAGUAGGCCAUAAAAUGGAUGUUCUGGAUGUUGGUGAUGGAUUUCCAAGUAUGUCUGCUACCGAUGGCAUAUCAUUUGAUCAGAUUGCUAAGUCGUUGCAAGUUGCACUUGCACUUUUCUUCCCAUCGAAGCUCUUCAAAGACAUAAAAAUAAUUGCUGAACCAGGCCCUUAUUUUGCGGCUUCUACUUUUUCUCUGAUCACUCGUGUCAUCGACAAACGUUUAAUUGAUGGAAGUUUUCUCACCAAUGAUGAAUCAGACGCUGGUACAGUCGGCUACGUUUAUCAGAUUAAUGAAGGAUUUUAUGGCGCAUUUGGUUGUAAACUUUCGACUCGCCGUAAUCCUAUCUGUUCGCCGUUAAUGAUUUUCGGCGAAAAAAUGAACACAUAUGCAGCAAUCAUUGGUCCAGAACCGUGUGAUACGGAUAUCGUCCUACCGCUGACGAGACUUCCACCUCUACAGGUGGGUGACUGGCUGAUUUGGCAUGAUAUGGGAGCUUACACGAUUGGUAACCAUGACACAUCCGAACGAAAUGAUCCACCACUGGUUAUUUACUACCACUGCAAUGGCGAAAAAACAAAGACUUUUUUUCCGAUCCCAAGAACUCUUCCACUUGAAGAUGUACCAAGUGAGACGUGCAGUUCUUCAUAUAAUUAUGUACGCGAUGCUUCGGGAUCCGAACUUAUCAGUCACACAGAUGCUAUUAGUACCGUCGUGAAAUAA